AUGGCGUCACGCGGUCUCCCCGCCGCCGAGAUCCAGAGCAGUUUGAUCCUGGAGCUGCGAACAGCGUUGGAGGCCCUGUCAGAACGACUCGGCGACCAAAGCUUCGGAAAAGGAGGUGACAAGCAAGCUGGCAGUGAUCGUGAAGACAGGCAUGGGUUCAGCCGCCUCGAUGCACGAGCUUACGCGCAUCUCGUGGUCCUUUUCAGCAUUCCGUGUGAUCCGGGAUCCUGCCUUCAGCGCUUGUUGUGCGACUUUCCGUCUUUGUCACGAUUUGUCGGCCUUGUUGAAGAAAGGCUGCCCGGCACGUGGCCAGACUAUUCCACCUUCAUGCUGGCUCUGCCUCCCGAAGAUCGCCCGCCGCCUCCGCCCCAAAGUCAGGGAAGCGUGCUGGCGGGCCCCGUUGAGAAGAGGAGACCGGAAUGGUGGGAGCUCUGGGGCUGGUCCUGGGGAGGCCGCAAACGUCCCGUGCAGUUUGGCGGACCAGGAAAGGCACCGCCUGCCAUUUAUGCCAUCUGCUUCGGAAUGGCAUCCGGCCUUUCGUUUGCCGCGGCGCUUGCGUGCGGACUUGGUCCCGGGAGGCCCCUGGCUUUGCUGAAGCAGCUCGCAGAAGCCUUCGCUGAUGCCGAUUGCUUCCAGAGGGUGUGCUCCAGCAUCAGUGCAGCUGUUGCCAUGUCGCUGGCCGCCUUCGCAGCUCCCAGCGCAGGCCGUGUUGGCAAAGCCAGUCCCGGCCUCUCAGGGCCGGGACUGGAGCGGAGCCAUACGCCGGACCGAGAGCAUCUCGGUGCGCAUGGUGCUGGUCGUGCAUUGCUCUGUGCUCCAGCUGUGUGUGCCUUUCUGGCAGCCUUCCGAAACAAGCGCUCCAUAAGAAGACAGGCUGCCAAGGAAGAUGCGCAGGUGCAGACGAUGGAGCGACCACUUCUGGACAACGUGAUCACUGCUGGCGUGAAGGCCCUCGAGGCGGCAGAGCUCAAGCGCGUGCGUUCCUCUUCGGAGUCUCCAAGCGAUGCGAAUGGCAACUGGGGUGGCGAGCCGCGGGAAUGGGCCAAUUCGGAUUCGAUCACGCAGCAGAUUUCGACGGUGUCGCAGAUGGGCCCUUUGGCGCAGGCCAAGCAGUUCAUAGCCGACAGACUCGCCGGGGAGUACGAUGCUGAGAGGAUAGGAAGCCUCAUCGAUGAGAAAGUGGCUUCAAACAAGCUCCUCAGCAUAGACAGACAGUCUUUCUUCAUGUUCUUGAUUCUGCUGUCUCGGUGCUCCAGCCUUGGUGCUCCAGCCGCAGACUCGGACAGGAUCAUGAUGUUCUCAUUUUCUACCUGUCCCUUCUGCUUGCGCGCGAAACAAAUCCUCCAAGAAGACUACGGCGAGGAGAUUGAAGUCUACGAGUGUGACCAGGAA